CAUGUGUGUUUUUCCUCUUUCCUGCGUACUCGUUGUGUUAAAUGUCGGCCGGUUGUUUAGAUACAUCCCCACAACAGGAAGAAUGGAGGGGACAGCCAGGGACUGUGGUCGUGUGUCUUCUCGAACGGAGAGGAAAGCGCAAGAGAGAGCUAAAAUCUUGCAGCAGGAGAAGCAGAGAAAAACGUUCAAACUGGUGUCGCAGAUCCUGAAGAAGUCCGAGUCGGAGCGGACGGAGGAGGAGCUGGCUACCCUCCAGCAGUGCGAGAAGAUGGUGCAGGAGCUCAGACUGCGGCAGAUCAGACGGGACGCCCUGAAGAGGAAACAGGAGGAGGUGCUUGACAGGCCGGACGAGCUGCAGAGGAAAGUGAAGGAGCUGGCAGCUGCUGUUCGAGCAGCCACGUACCUUGUGGUGUACACAGGCGCUGGCAUUAGUACGGCAGCUUCCAUCCCAGACUACCGGGGUCCUAAUGGGGUGUGGACGUUGCUCCAGAAGGGCAGAUCGGUGAGUGCUUCAGACCUCAGUGAAGCAGAGCCCACUUUGACGCACAUGUGCAUUGGAAAGCUGCAUGAAGAGAAGCUGGUGCAGCAUGUGGUGUCUCAGAACUGCGAUGGACUCCAUUUACGAAGCGGACUGCCAAGACAAGCCCUCUCAGAGCUGCAUGGGAACAUGUACAUUGAGGUGUGCACCGCCUGCUCGCCGCCCGAGGAGUGUGUGCGUCUGUUUGACGUGACGGAGCAGACAGGCCUGCACAGGCACGGGACGGGCCGCCAUUGCUCCCGCUGCGGCGCCGAGCUCCGGGACACCAUCGUCCACUUCGGCGAGCGCGGCACGCUGGACCAGCCCCUCAACUGGAAGGGGGCAGCUGAGGCCGCAGCGAAAGCAGACGCCAUCCUCUGCCUGGGCUCCAGUUUGAAGGUCCUUAAGAAGUAUGCCUGUCUGUGGUGUAUGAACAGAACUCCUAACAAGAGACCCAAGCUCUACAUUGUUAACUUACAGUGGACGCCAAAAGAUGACCUUGCGGCCCUCAAAAUCCAUGGGAAGUGUGAUGAUGUAAUGAAACUUUUGAUGGAAGAACUGGACAUCCAGAUCCCAGAAUAUGACAAGUCCAAGGAUCCCAUUUUCAGCCUUGCUACUCCGCUGAGGCCAGAGGAGGCGGACAGUCACCACCGAAAGCUGAUAGCGCCACCUUCAGGACGGCCAGCAAUCUUCCAGGGCUCUGCAGAGGAAUGUGGCAGGGCUCCUGUGCAGGGAGGGUGGUUUGGCCGUGGCUGUUCCAAAGGAAGGAAGAAAAAGAAGCCGUUGAGUUUAAAGUGACAGGAAAAAAAAACAUGAAAGUAUUCUGCAGUUGUGCAGCUGAACUGUUGAUCGACAGUGUUAAGAUCUGUAACAGAAGAACUUCUGUUGUCACCCUCUUUACCAUCUCAAGAAUUCCCUGAAGGUGCAGACAGAACGUUGGAGUCUGUUUAUUGCAUUUUAAAUUUGCGCCUUAUGUUCUGCUCAGGAAUUUAGUCAGAGUGGCACCUUAGCUUAAGAGGUACAACUAUUGCACUGACAAAACGUCUGUGGCCUGGAGCCCUGGAGUAAAACUAUCUGUUAGAAAAUGAAAUAAGAGGAAUUUACCAAUCGUUUUACUAAAGAGCAAUACAUUUCAAAUGUAUAACUUGGGGUUUCAGCUUGGUGCUGUAGGAUUUAACCAUAACAUUUGUUUCAGUUGGAUGCCUUAUGAUAUAUAUAUAUAUGUAUUUUCUGGGCAGAUUUAAAAUGAGCCUGCCAGUGUUUACAGAAACAAACCUCAGGAGAGAACUCAGGGGAGAAGCGUUUAAAAACGGGGGGCCUUCGUGCUUGUCUGAGGUGCUUAAGCCAUGUUGAGCUUCCUUGUAUGGUUAUACUUGAAGACUUGAGAAAGCGUCUGCAGCCAACUCUUACUUAUGUACCACCAGUCCCAGGUAAUUUUUUCUACACUUCUUUUUCUAGUAUAAUUCUAUUUAUGGUGGUUUUGAUUUUUUCCCCUCAAACUCUUAAUAUUGUGACUGCAAUAGUAUUUCCGAACGGCUGAGACGAGCACGGGUCUUGUCACCUUGCUUUCUGAACUGUUUACUUCCUCUGAAGAAUUUUUCAAAAGUGUUUGUAAUAAGACCUACAGUACUUGUGUUUUGGCUAUUGAAACGCCUUUUGUUUUCCCCAGCGGAUUUUCAGUAUUGCUGCUGCAUUCAUUCUCCUACUGCUACCUGGACAGUAAAACUGGAGAUAAUAAAAUAACCUUUUGGAAUAUUGUG